ACUAUUCGCAACUCGACUUUUUCCGCGUUUGAAUUCGUGACUUCGUGAAGUCGAUCGUUCCAAAUCUCUCGUUCGCCUCGUGUCGAUAAUCGCAUAUUCCGCUUGGAGUGCCGCAUGGAGUUGCGAGUGGCGCCAGGAAUUAGGAUUGUUGAGGAUAACGUCCAAGCACUGUGAUAUUGUAAAGGGUGAUUCGUGUGUUCACUGACAUUUAAAAUGUAUCCUGGAAGUACCCAACAAAAAUUUUGGACUUUUAAAGAUGAGAAUGACUUGGUACAACUUAGACAAGAAGCCAAUGAGCAUUUUAUUGAAAAGCAUAAAGCUGGAAUGUCUCCUGAGCAAAGUGCAAAGUUCUUUUUAACACCUGCUGAGGAACGACUACUUCUUCGCCAGUAUGAAUUGCAUCUGCGUGACUUUUGCCGACGCUUCCAUCCAGCUCAGCCAAGGACUGUGUAUGCCACAGCAUGCCACUAUUUUAAACGAUUUUACUUGAAAUGCUCUCUAAUGGACUUCCAUCCUAAAGAAAUUUUGGCUACGUGUGCUUACUUGGCUUGCAAAGUGGAAGAAUUCAAUAUAUCCAUUUCGCAAUUUGUUGCUAAUAUUCGUGGUGAUCGUGAUAAAGCAUCUGGAAUAAUAUUAGCAAAUGAAUUGUUAUUGAUGCAAAAGUUAAAUUAUCAUCUAACCAUUCACAAUCCCCAUCGUGCAGUGGAAGGAUUGCUAAUUGACAUUAAGACUCGGAGUCAACUUAAAGAUCCAGAGAGAUUGCGACCUCACAUUGAUGAGUUCAUCGACCGCCUGUUUCUGACGGAUGCCUGCUUGUUGUAUGCUCCAUCUCAGCUUGCUCUGGCAGCUGUACUUCAUGCAGUCUCAAAACUGCAAGAAAACCUUGAUACCUAUGUCACCGAUGUUCUUAUUGGGCAAUCUGGAGCUGACAAACUUAGCAAUAUAAUAGAAGCAGUGCGAAAAAUCCGUACUAUGGGAAAGUCUUUGGAACCACUACCUCGAGAUACUCUUCGAUCAUUAGAAAAGAAAUUGGAAAAAUGUAGGAACCAGGAAAAUAAUCCAGAUAGUGCCAUUUACAAACAACGAAUGCUGGAAGAAGCUAUUGAUGAGGACGAUGAACCAAACUACCCAGUCACUUCAGAAAGUGGAGCUGAUGAAAAUCUAUUAACAGGAAUAGUUAAGUUGAGAUCACCUGAUACAUGAUAAUUUCUCUGAUUAAUUGUCAGUAUGUAUUAUAUUGUGAGUAAUGUAAACUGUGAUUUUAUUGUAUUACAAAAUGUUCAGACGCAAAGUUCACAUUUCAGUGAAGCAAAAAUGUCGGAUCUGUUUUGCCCUCUAUUGUGUUGUUUUGAAUCUAAUCCAACAAUUUUUAAAAGGUAAUGUAUAAUAUUGAAAAUCGAAAUGUCAUCUUAACACUAAAUUUUGGGUUGUUUACUACCUUUUUUUGGACCCUUUGCCUGAGAGCCGAAGUGAUAUCUAAAUUGUAUGUAGAUAUGUUGAGUUUUCAGGCUUGUGCCUUUGAUUCUUACCUAAAUUGGGAACAUAUGCCGUAUGUUAUUAUAAAAGAAGGUAGUUUGGUAAAAACUAAUAUAUGGGAAUUAAUUGUUACAUGCCGCUUCAUUUUCACCUUCAUUUCAUUACUUUUUUUAUUUAUUUUUUCAUCUUUGUGCGGGUGUGUUCAUUGAGACGUUUCAUGUUCAGAGAGUAGUUUGCAUUUACUAUUCAACAUGUUUUCCAGUUUCUCUUAAACUUUUUUAGUAGUGUCUUCUCUUCUAUUUUUCCUCCCUAGUCUCUUUUCUGUUGUAGCUCAGUAGUCUAUAUCCUUGAAUAAUCAUUAAGUUCUUUCCAAAAUGUAGUUAAGCAGGUUAUAUAAUUUUUUGUUGAAACAGUUCCUUUUAAGUUUUUAAAUUUUAUUUUUUAAUAUUCAUUUUUUAUCAAGUUGUGUUUUCUUGUAGUUAUUUUAUUUGCAUGAUGUUUGAAUCAAUUCAGUUCUCCAAGAGACAACACAAAAUUGUUGUAAUUGAACAUUGCUAAUUAGAAUUACUUGGUGUGUAGAAAAACAAGAAGAAUGAAGGGGUCUUAUUGUAUUAUUUUAUACUGCAUGGGCUUAUAUUAUAACAAUUACAAAUAAUUUACAUAGUCUUAUUCUGUCAAUUAUGUAAAGUAUAAGUUCACGUCAAGUAGAAAUUUGAUGUCCCAAUUACUUUUUGAACAUGAUAAUAUAAACAAAAUUGAUGACUUUUUGUUGAUAGGUAUAAUUUUUUCCAAAACAUAUCAUGAAAUACCAUGAAAAAGAAAUAUGUUGAGAAGAAAUAUAAUGUACAUAUCUUCUGGUGGAACAUUUGUUCUUAGUUUGUUACAAAUUGUUCUUUCUCAAAACCACUUCUGAGUGCAUGUAUUUAUACAUGUGUGCUAUGAAUGUAUUGAGUGAUUUGUAAAGAUGAAGUGUUAUGAUCUGACGAAGUCGCUUCUCAAAUAGAUGCCUAUGAAUUUCAAGAAAAUUUUGUUAAGAAUUUGUAGUGUUUUAAUAAUUUCUUCCUCCAAGCAUCAAACAUCCUCAUACAUGAGAAUCUCUUUAUCUGAGUUUUGUAAUAAAUAAAUUUUGUUAUAAAGUCUCACAGUUUUGUUUUGUAAGUUCAGAGAAUUCUCAGAAGUGUACUACUAUUAAAGAGUGAGGUUUUGCAGUGGUCUAUAAUAAAUUUGAAAUGGGUAAAUUUAAUAAAUAAAAUUCAAUGAAAAAGUUUUCCUUAUCAAUUAUUCAUUAAAAAUAAAUGUUUGUUCACACUUCUAAGGGAGAGAGAAAUACAAUGUGUGUCUUUUUCGUAACCUGAAGGAUAUUUUUAUCUUAAUCCAGUAUUCAUUAAGAGGUGUAUUCAGGUACUUCUCCCAAUUUUUCCUGCUUUUCCAAAUUUAGAUUGCCUAGCUUCUGUAAAAUUGGUUCCUUCUCC